AUGACACGCCUCGGCGACGCCCCGGAGAGCUUCACCACCGUCUACGUCGCCCAGCGCGGCCUGCUCGCCAUCUUCUCCUCGACCAAGCUCGCCACCUGGAUGGCCGAGCUCCACGACGCGCUACCCCUCUCGGUGCUCUCCAUCCCCGGCACGCACAACAGCCCGACCUACCGCGUCGCGCUACCCUCGGUGCGGUGCCAGGCCGUCAGCGUGCGCGAGCAGCUCGACAACGGCGUGCGCUUCCUCGACGUGCGCGUCUCCGCCGGCCGCGACGACGACAACAUGACGCUCGUGCACAGCGCGUUCCCCGUCAGCCUCACCGGCGCCCGCUACCUCGCCGACCUACUAACCGAGUGCUACGCCUUUCUCGACGCCCACCCGCGCGAGGCCCUCCUCGUGUCGGUGAAGCGCGAGGGUACCGGCCGCGCCUCGGACCAGCAAAUGGCCCGCCACCUGCACGCGCGCUUCGUCGACCGGGAUCCCGCGCGCUGGAUCGACGUGCGUCGGGCCGCGGGCGGUGAGUUUGGUAUUGAUGGCCAGUCGUGGCCGGAUAAUUGCGAGGAUGGGGCCGUGAGCAGCGGGCUUGUGCGUGUGCAGGACUUUUAUGGCGUGGGGUUGGGGACGACGGUUGAGAAGAAGAUUUCGUAUAGCUGCGCGCAGCUUGAGCGCGCUGCUUCCAUGGCUCACGAGCACGAGCAGAAUGGGACCGCGAAUGGGACUGCGAAUGGGGCAGCAGCGAACGGUGCGGUGGAAGCAGCAGCAGCAGUGGCAGCAGCAGAGGUACAGGCGGUGGUGGCAGCCGCCGUGCCGCCGCUGUUUGUCAACUUUUUGACGGCGAGCAACUUUUUCAACGCCACGUGCUGGCCCGAGAGGAUCGCCGCCAAGGUGAAUCCCCGGAUCGUCGAGUACCUGUGCGCGAGGCACGCCAUCGACGGCGCGGGCGAGAGGGGCCUUUCCGUCGGGCACGGCGGGACCGGCAUCGUCGUCACGGACUGGGUGGGUGCGCACGGGGAUUGGGAUUUGAUCCGGUGCGUGGUGGGCAUGAAUGCGAGGUUGAUUGGGAAGAAGUGA